AUGGGCACUAUUGAAGCCAACGAGCAAAGUGAAACACCAAUGGAUCGUAAAACACUUGAGGCAUAUUUCUCCAACAAGUUCAAGGAAAUCAUUGAUAAAGUUCAAUUGAACGACGAGGAAGAUUCGAACGUUAAACAUUUGAAAGAGUUCGACAGUUUGCUACAAGAUGAUCGGUUGAAGCGGCUUGAAGUUUUAAUAGAGGAAAAGAAGUAUUGGGAGUCGCCAAAUGCGAUACCGCUACCGAAAAGCUUCCUUUAUUACGCACGCCUUCAACCGGUGUUGGUACAGAUGCUGAAGAACUCUCAUAAAUAUCAGGACUACUUGAAGCGCUUUAUUAUCCGGUUCAAUGCGGAAAAUGAGAACACUGCACCGAACCAAACCCCCAAGUCAGAAUCUGACGCAAUGAAACCCAGCGCUCCGAUACAUUAUGCCGUACUUCAACUGAACGGUGACUUUCUCGACUGGCUGCUAGCGCGCCCAAAUAUAGAUGUGAAUCUUCGGGACAGCUUCAAAAGAACAGGGCUUAUGCUGUUGUGUGAAAACUACGACCAGUGUAUGCAAAAACCUUCAAAUCGGUUGGAGAAAAUCAAGAUCCUUGUCAAGAAGUUGCUGAAUGCAGGAGCGGACUUUAACAUCUGCAGCAUACACAUGAAGCUGCCGUUUGACCUGUUGCUUAAGCAUUGCGGACACGAAGAAACGCGCUCGUUCGUUGAAGAGUGCGUUAAGUUAGCGCCCGGUGCGCUGGCCAUAUGCAGUGUUAACGACCGCAACGAGCGCGUGGUCGGAUUCUUCAACAACAAUCCCGACGUGAUAGUCACUGUGGAGCUGCUGGAAAUCUUUUUACGUUACACCGACCGCACCAAGUUUGACGUCCACAUGAGGGAUUUUAAAGUAAACGAGGGGAAUGUGAAGAAAGUGAUACGAUUGCUGUUGCACACGGCUUGCGACCAGAAGUUGUCCGACUGCGUACGAUUUAUUCUAGCUCGGGGUGAGAAAGACAUCUUCAAGGUGGUCCAUACCUCAAACACUGAAGUAAAGGGUACCAAGGAGAAGAAAGGUUUCGAACUAGAACACCGCUUGGAGCUGAAAGGUUUGCUAAAGAAGAUCUGCCUGAUGGGGGAUCUGUCCUUGUUGCAGCGAUUCUUGACUAAGAUAUCCGAUCCCAUUUUGCUAAACGAAGAUGCGCUACUGAUCCAUACGCUCAGGAAAGCGCACUAUACCCACAACUGUUUUCAGGAAAAGAACGCGCUGCUAGCUUGCGCAGAGUAUCUAGCCGCUCAGAAAACGCUGAACAUGUCUAAAAAGGACAACUCCGGCAAUACAUCGUUACAUCUGGCGCUCAAAUACGGGUUCGAUUCGGUAGCACAGUUGCUGUUGUGUCAGUGGUAUUCCUAUUUGGGUAUGAGUAACAAAGACAACCAAACUCCACUCGACUGUGGGACGUACGACUUCUUCAAGAACUAUUUCGACUCAUGUAUCGAGGUUAAUUCUAAGCGGUUGAUACCAGACCGCGACGAGAUACGCUUCAACAUGAACGGGUUCUACCCUCCAUUGCAAUACAAAAGCGCUCCAGUUGUUUCCAAUUCUACCAAUGAAAGUGCUGGUAACGGCUCCACAAACUGUUGGAAGAGGAUUCUGCACAAGGUGGAAAGAUGCAUACAGCACAAUUCCACGAAAACCGCCACCGAAAUGACGACCCUGCAGCAUAUUGCUAAUUCAAAGGAGCUAAAGCGUUUGCUCCUGCAUCCUGUCCUAAAUACAUUCAUUAUGGUGAAGUGGAUGCGAUUAUGCCAAUGGAACUUCCUGAACCUGCUGCUCACGACUUUCACGACCCUGUCCUUUAGCUUUUACUCACUUACCGCUUGUUCAGCCGAUGGUCCCAGCACCGUGUGGUUGGUGUUAAGCAUCUUUGGUGUUGUGUUUGUAGUGAUACGGGAGCUCCUGCAGUUGUUGUUUCUACGACGGUCGUAUCUUUCGUUCGAGAAUGUGUUGGAUAUAGUGAAUGCGAUAGUGAUGGCGGUGGUAUUAGGAAUCGGCUGUCACGGGUUGAUGUCGUCGUUUGCAAUUAUCAGCCUGGCCAUGCAGCUCACCUUUCUGCUGGGAUCGGUUUACCCAACUAAAUUCGCUACAAUUAUAUACAUGUUUAAGACGGUUUCGUUGAAUUUUCUCAUAAGCUUUGGUUUCUUUUCACCAUUGAUUCUUGCUUUCAUCUAUGCGUUCCAUCUCACGUACAAUCAGUCACCGGAGGAGCAAAAACAAAACUGCGAUAAAGAUGGCUGCGCGGAGGAUGACUUCAAUAAUUUCCGCUCGUUCUGGAACGCCACCGUGAAGACGCUGGUAAUGACAACCGGCGAAUUUGAUGCGGCGGACCUCGAUUUUGAAGGUGGCAAGAUGUUGUUGUUUAUAGCGUUUCUAUUCUUCGCACCGAUCGUUAUCCUUAACUUGAUCAACGGUCUCGCGGUUAGUGACAUUGCCGCGAUUCGGGAGGAGUCGGAGUUGAUUAGCAUCAGCAAGAAGGUGAUGCUGCUCGAGCAGUACGAACGAGGCGUCGCGAAUGUGUACCCGGCCUGGCUGAAGCGUUGUUUUCCGAAGCCAUUUUUCUCCGAGUAUCAGUGCUGGAUACACGUAAAGACGAAGGAAUUCAACAAAAUAGUGCUCAUUAAGGGUCAAAAUGAGGAACACAAGAAAAUCCCAAAAAGUGAUCACUAUUCGGAGGCGAAACCUGUACAGGAUGUGCAGAAUAAUUCCAACAAUGUGUUGCACGAAUCGCCAAAACCUGAUGUCUCGAAUACAAACAAUGGCCGGAAAGCUUCGAAGAGAAAGUCUGAGAUUACUUCAAACGGAAGGAACGAAAAGUCUGAAACGGUCAACACGAAAAUGUUGGAAAAGCCAAUUGCAAAGUUUCCCUCGCUCUUCACAUGUGAUACAGGUAAUAGCUGUUUGGAAAUAAGUUUUAUACGCGAAGCAUUGUUCAUGUAUUUGGAUCAAUCGAUUGUUGACGAAGCGUUAGACAUCAUCGAGAAACGAAAUGGGAACGCAUCCCACGGUGCGUCCAAAGGUCGACCCACCGCGGAGCCGCCGAUUAGCAACAUACUUGCUGAUAAGGAUCGGCAACAGUGUGCGGUUAGUCACGGACCUUCUAGCAAACAGCGGAUUGAUAAACUAUCGGCUCAGGGCGAAGAUGACGUAUUGCGGAAGCUAGCUGAUCUGAAGGAGCAACUGAAAACGGUACAGGAGGUGCAGCUGAAAUCGGUAUCAGAUAUGCUGGAGCAGUUGAAACCGGUGCUAGAGUUGGUGAGACUGCAAGGAAUUGCUGGGCAAGCCCAAGGUUGCACAGCAAGCUCGCCCUAA